AUGGAGAAAGGUAUCGUCUGCGUCAAGGCUUCUAUGCCAAUCUACCUUGACCGCCACCCUUUGCAUGAUUAUGAGCCCGUGAGCCGGACAGCUCAUACAUGGAUAGGCAUGCAUCGCCAGCGCGCCUGUCGCCAAUUUGCAGUCGUGCAAGAGGUGCGUCAAUCGGUUCUGCCCAGCUUUCGGAAACUCGUGGACAUGGCCCACCCCAAUGUCAUCCGCCCAUUAGCACUUUAUAUCGCUGCUGAGACAUUCGUUGCCUAUGAGCAUGAGCACGUGGAGCUGGACAUAUUCGACACCAUUCCUCUCUCUAUCAAAGAGGUCGCUUCAGCCAUGUCACACACCAUGACCGCCGUGCGCUACUUGCUUUCACUCGGGAUCAGCUUUCGCAUUGGCGGUAUUCGACUGGCAGUGAAUGGGGUGGUAAAAAUUAUUCUGGACUGGGACUUUGAAGCGACCGUCGGUGGCAACACGAGCAAGGCCAACUUAUCUUAUGUCGCCGUGCAUCUAAGUGAGAUCAUGCGAACCCUCGGCCCCGGCCGGGGAAUUACGUGGGCCAGACGAAGUUCAAGAAAGCAUGAAGAUCGUGAAUAA